AUGUUUAACUCCCAUAAUGCACACUACUGGUGUGAUAACAAUCCACGGGUCAAAAGGGUAUCACAUUACCAACACUUAUUUAAAGUUAAUGUUUGGGCAGCAACUUUAGAUUUAGAAGAUUUAACGCUAAACGAGCGAAUAUCUUUAUUUUUUAUGCACGAUGGAGCUCCACCACACUUUGAUAGAAGGUGUCGUAAUUGGUUGAGUAAUCAUUUUCCGAAUCGAUGGAUUGGUAGAUGUGCAGAAUCUCCGAUUCAUUGGCCUCCUCGGUCAUGCGAUUUUAACCCUUUGGACUACGCAGUUUGGUCGUAUAUUAAGGAAAAAGUCUAUGCUACAGACGUAAAUUCACGCCAAGAAUUUCAAGAAAGGAUUCAACAUCUUAAUUUAUUACAUAUUUAUAGGUACGCUGUAGUUGGGGUUUCUGAUUUGAGAGAUGAAAAGAAAUUCAUACCGAUAAAAGAAAAGACACUGCAUGAGAAAUACGACACCCUAUAUGCUGUAUUAGAUUAUGAUAUAGCAAUUGUUAAGGUUGAUGAUACACCAACUGAGUUGCUGAAACUAAUAGAGAAUGAUAACAUAAAAGUAGUAGUAAGACUUUUUAAUUCAAUAUAUAACACCGGAGUGAUUCCCGCAGAUUGGCUGAAAUCCAUCUUUAUCGCAAUACCUAAAAAACACAAUGCGAGAAAAUGCUCAGAAUAUCGAUUAAUUAGCCUAAUGAGCCACACUCUUAAAAUCUACCUCAGAAUACUUCACAACAAAAUUAGACGCAAAUGCGAAAAAGAUCUUGAAGAUACCCAAUUUGGUUUUAGAACCUAUUACAAAAAGGCCGUGACCAAAGAAAAGAUGUAUUUGCAUUUAUUUAAAAAGGCACUUGAGAGACAACCAUAUGGAAUAAACAUCAACGGGGAACUCUUUAAUGUGAUUAGAUAUGCAGACAAUAGAGUAAUUCUAUCAGAUAAUAUUGAAGGUCUUCAAAUUCUGCUUGAUCGUAUUCACGAGGUAGGAGAGGAAAUGGACAUUAAAAUAAACUCAAACAAAACCAAAUUUUUAGUGUUUAGUCGUGACCCACAUCCCGAUGCAAAGCUUCAAUUGAACGGAGUUUAA